UGUGUAUAAGAUUCCUUCAAAACAUAAACCUUAAACACAAGAAACACAUAACAAAUAAAAGAAAACAAAGUAUCAGACAUGUACAAAGGUAACCACAAGUCCCUACCAAUGUAGCAUCUUAUAAUCACGAGGAAAUAACUUAAACUUGAAAGCCAUGCCAAAGCCAUACCUUACCUCUCUAUACAAAUUUUCAUUUCGUUAAUUUCUUCCUCACAAAGCAUAGAACCACAAUCUCCUUCGCUACAUCACAUACUAUAUUAUUCCCAUCACCUCUCAAUGGAACACAACACUGCUACAAAUUAUCAACUUUCUCUGCUACAAUCCUCCAAACAAAAAACAACAAUUUCAAUCAUUAACUCAUAGCCAUGCCAAACCGUGACGUUGGAUCCGGUUUGUUUGGUAGACCACUUCACUCAGUCCUCGGUGGAGGAAAAAUUGCUGAUAUCUUGCUAUGGAAAGACAAGUAUUUAUCUGCAGCAAUUGUAGCUGGAUUUUCAAUCAUUUGGUUUCUCUUCGAAGUGGUUGAAUAUAAUCUUGUUACUCUUCUCUGUCACAUCCUCAUUGCCCUUAUGCUCAUUUUCUUUGUUUGGCAUAAUGCAGCUGGAUUAAUCACUUGGAGACUUCCUGAUAUCUACGAUUUCGAAAUCUCAGAUUCAACCACUCGAUUCAUUCAUAAUAAGUUGAACUUUUUCUUGAGAAUAUUCUUUGACAUCUCAACCGGAAAUGAUCUCAGAUUUUUCUUCGUAACAAUAGCUGGUCUAUGGAUCAUGUCUACUAUUGGAACUUUCUUCAGCACUGUUAAUUUACUAUAUACAAUAUUUGUGUGCCUUGUGACACUUCCUAUUAUGUAUGAGAGAUAUGAAGAAGAGGUGGAUUAUCUAGCAAGUAAAGGAAGCCAAGAUGUGAAGAGAUUGUUCAGCAAAUUGGAUUCAACAGUUCUCAAUAGAAUUCCUAGGGGACCUGUGAAAGAAAAGAAGCAUAAUUGAUUUUAGAUUUUCUCUUCUAAUCAUGAAUUAAUUAUAUAAAUGUAUUGUCUUUAAUUUGCUAUGCUUUUGGCAUAAUUUGGCUACAAAAAGACCUGUUUACUGCCUUAAGUAUAUGUGAAUGAAUAAUGUUGAAAUUAAUUUGAUGUUUACAUACAAA